AUGGCUCCAGAGGCCAUUGAGGGCCGCACCAUCACGCUCAAGAUCAAGGCCACCACGUUUGAGGUGCGAACUCGUGCCGCCACCCUGCCGCACUACAUAUCGUCCGCGGCCGACAUGAUGCCGCCCCUCACAAAGCUGCUGCAGGUGGGCAGCGGUGUGGGGUGCUCAUGA